GCCGGGAUGAGCAAUGCGAUUGGUAAAGAUGGCAACAGCAAUACAAAUGGCAUGUCUGCAUCAGCGACACCCUCCGGUUCUCUCUCCCGGUUCUUCGCCAGUCCGACAACCGGCUGAUAAACUCUUUUGCUUUUUUUCUUCGGAUCUGGUUCUUCCUUCUGGUUUCGGUUCUCGUCAUUCGGCGAAUUUCAAAAAAUUUUCGUUUUCUGUCGUUGUUUGCGGACGACUUCUCGACUUCUUCUAACGUGAUGUGAAUGUUGGAACGUUAUUCGAUUUUGUUUUUUGUUUUCGAAUUUGUAGAUGAUGCUGAUGCUGCACGAGCAGCUUGGACCUCAAGAGUGGUGGAAGGAGCUACUGGUGCACAAGGGUUGACACUUGAAACAUACUCAACACAAGCGGUCACUCAUACUCAGCAUCCCUUACAUCCGUCAGCAGUACAAGGUCAGCAGGUUGACGCCGCCGAUGAGGUCGGUGCAUCGUCGGCGCAGAUCUUUCAUGUGUCACAGCGGAAAGAGCAAGAGUCUAACAGCAACUCAGCGAUGGCCUUUACGACAUAUAGGUCACCUUUCACAGUGUAUCCGCUACUGCUCUCGCAGUCGAGCUCUGCUAUUUCGUCAGAUGAUCCUUCAUCUCUACACAAGGACUUCUCAUCGCAAGCAGGAUUGGCGCAGUCAGAAAACUCUGAGUCUCAUUCUCUUUCUUUGUAUCAUAGAAUUAGUACUAUUACACCUAGUGUACCUUCUCCAUCAUCUCAAGCCUCAUCUUCCUCAUCUACUUACUCUUCCUCUUCUUCUCAUAUAUCACUUCCUCGCGUUUCUCUACCAGAUUUCCAACAACUCAAGCAAGCCACGCUGCAGCUCGUUCUUUCACAACUCACCGCAGGCGAUACUAGUCGACGCGUCUGUCAAUACGAGGUGCCCGGCGGUGGAGUGUGCCGCGACCAGACAUGCGAGGAUGUGCAUCUCAGUCGGAUCGCAGGCAGCAGUGUAGGCACUAUGGCUAUCGACGUGGAACCAACUGAUUUCGACACAGCGACAUAUGUGCAUGAUGGACUGCCGCCUAUUUGGCGGGCACGGUGCAACACAAAGGACAUUGAAAACGCUCUUGAUGCGGUGCGGCGUCGCGGCAGCAUGAAGGGAUUUGAGGCGCGCGUCCGAGAGGCGUUGGUCCUCCUUGGAAUACCAGUGUCAAGCGGGACACCGACUGCGACCUGACCAGGCAAGCGUACAUGCAACAGAGGCACAUUUAUGGCCGACAGUAGACCGCAAGCAAGUGGAAACCUGGAGAUCUCUGUGGCCAAGGGGUCAGACAACUGUCUGACUUGAGCCAGUAAAAAUGAAUGGCGAAAUGAUGCAUUCGAAUGGCAAAACCAGGGGAAAGGACAAGAGCGCGAUGCGCCACGGAAGCAGGGCGAGCCUGCUUCUGAGGAGGACGAGAUGUAGACAUGUGUGAUUGCUGUUGAUAAGACAUGUUGUAUGAAAUCUGCGGGUUUGUUGAUUCAUGACAUUGCUUGACGUGGCGAUGGAUCGGAUGGCAGUGCGAGUGGAUUUGAAAUAAGAAUAAUUAUGGCGAGAGUAAAUUAAAGAGCUUGGCGGUGCCGUAAAAGGA